CAAAUAUGGUUAGCGUUAAACUCUUUCAAAUGCCCUUCUUGUUGCAAGUACAGCUUUUAGCAAGGUCUUAGAAACUCAGCCUCUGGUGUGCAGGCCUUCAGCCUUUCACUUUACGUGCUCUGCAAUUGUAUAGCCCAUUUUGCAGCCAACCUUUUUUUUUUUUGCAAACAAUCAACACACAGCAUCUUACUCCUGUGUAUGGCCAACCUAUUCCGUUACAUACUAUAUUGGGUAUUUGGAAGUUUAAAUUUAUCACCAGAUUCUUUGCAAGAUAAAGUAAAACAACCAAUUGCAUUCAUUGGUGUGGUAGUGAUAUACACACUCCACUUGUCUCUGCAUCAUGUGGUUAUUUUAAUGAUAAACACUGGGAUCUGGAGAUAAGCCACCACUAAGAGCCUCAGUUUUUCUCCACGUGCGAUUAGUCGGUAACUUGGUAGUAACCAGGUCAGUAAAUAUUUUGAAGUUCUCGUGCGCCAUUGACGAUAGCAGCAUCUGCACGUACAUUAGACUUAUCUACAUUGACCCUUUUUUUCCACUGUCCCGCCAUCGAAAAUAGACGAUGACGGGUGAAGUGGUAAGCUACUCGGGACCCGGUCCGGGAGACUCCAACUCUCAUAUUGUCGAGCCACCAAUUGAAAAUGAUGCUGAGAUAGGAAAGCAAAAUUCCAGCCCGCCCUCAUCUCCUCGGCGCUGUCCGUUCCAGCAAUAUGUUGAUGCAGAUAAAUUGGGCCGUCUCAGCGGAACGUCCGUUCUCGAUUCACCCGGAAUAAGCUCCCUCGGACGGAGGUCCAAUGGCAGAGCAUCAUUUAUGGGAGUUAGAAAACGUUCACAUUUGCAUAAUAAAACGGCCGAAGAGGUUGAACGAAUCGUUCAAGCUGGCAAGAUCCGCGAGCUAAAGAACUGCAUUCGUUCUCACCAGUGGUUGCCGUUUGAUUGCGUCCGCUCUCGGCUGUGGCAGAUCAUUUCCAGCGUGCACGUGAAAGAUAAGGCAACGAUGGACUCGUUGUACUGGGACACAGUCAAACAAAUUUACGGCACUCACGAUCUGGUCAUUAAGACUGGUCCACUGCCGACUUUUGUCGAGCCUUCGUUCCAGAUGUCUUACUAUCUGAACGAAACGGGCAUUCAGGUGGCUCGGCGUGUCGUCAACAUCAUAUCAUACUCGUGCCCCGAUAUCACGUACGCUCCCAGUUUAUACCCCAUCACUUGUCUCCUGCUCCACUAUAUGAGCGAGGAGGAUUGCUACGCCUGCGUCUCACAUAUGGUGGCGUCGAAGAAAACAAAAUUCAUUACGCAAACAAAGUUGCACUUUGAAACGAUCUGGAGAACGUCAAUGAUCUUGUGUCGGCGACACGCUAAAUCCGCCGUCUCAUACAUUGCUAAACAAGCCGGAGAGAAUAGCAUUGUAGAGUCUAUCCAUCAGCAAUGGCUGAAUUGCAUUUUCAAAGAAUUGCCAUUCCAGCAUUUGGUGCGCGUGAUGGAUUGUUUCUUAUUCGAGGGCCGUAAAGUCAUGUACCGUGUCUGGAUGGCCAUUCUCCUUCUUUUCCAUAGGCACCUGGCAUCUCUUCCGCCCAACAACCGACCUGCAUUGAACAAAGAGUCUGUCGUGGAGUCGACGUUGUUUGACUUCUGCCACAAUUUGCCUUGCAGCCCCGAGAAGUUACUAAGAACUGCCUAUGGAGUGCGGAAUUUCAGUUCGUCCGAAAUGGACCGACUAUUCAUCAAAACGGAGAUGUAUCUCAAAUCGAAGGCGGCGGCUUCAGCAUCGAUGCCCAACAACAAGAACACCAUGAUCCACCGGUCGCGCUCCAGCGACGUCUUACCCACCAGCCAGUCGCAAGUGAACAUCCAAAUGAUGUCCCACACGCUGACUAUUCGUGAGGGUUCCAGGUCGCCUGGUCUUAGGUCUCGAUCCUUGGGAUUGUUCCCGAUUCAGGGCGUUCGUUCUCAUGCCGCCGACUACGAUCGCCUGCUGACGGUGUGGUCUUGGCUUCCGGUGAGGAUCACCAUGUAUCAACCAGAGCUGUUGUACACAACCGAGGAGCACGGCUGCAGCAUGACGACGUUCUUCAACCGAGUAGAACAACACGAACCCAUUAUCCUCAUCGUCAAAACUACCACUGAAGAAGUAUUCGGAGCCUAUUGCUCAAGUCGGUGGGCAGAACGGAAUUCGAAAGAUUGCCACGGCGGUCGACAGGGAUAUUUUGGAACGGGCGAGACGUUUGUCUUCACCCUCGUACCUAAUGAAAUCAAAUACCCUUGGGUUGGAAUCAGCGCUACCUCUUCUGCUGAAGGCCCGUCUUGCGUACGACACGCGGCCGAACUCUUCAUGGCAUCCGACGGGCACAUGGUUACUGUCGGUGGAGGAAAAGGUCAAGCUAUCUGGAUCGAUGAAAACAUUCGUUAUGGCAAAACAGACAUGUGCCUGACGUUCAACAAUCCACCUUUAGCAUCCACAUCAGAUUUUGAGAUUAAAGUGCUUGAAGUUUACGGUUUUCAGAAUGUCUAGUAGUUGAAACGAACGCAAACGACGUGAAACCAAAUCGACUGGAGCACAGCCGUCAUACGAAAACGGCCAGGCAAAAAUCCUAUCCUCUACCAAUAGACAAAAAACAAAAAAAAAUCUAGGUUCAUUUCAACUAUAAUUAGCUUUUGUUUUUUGUUUUUUUUUUUUUUUUUUAAGUCAAUUUAUGUUUUUUCCUUUUCAUUUUUGCAAGAGAACUAAACAAAAGCGUUCCAUGUUCAAGCUUAGACUAGUCGUUGAACCCCUUGGCGUGUCAAUCGUCGUCCCUCGCAAUCAAAAACAAAACAAAAACAAGCAGGAAUGUGUACUCUAUUCAUAUAGAGGCUGUACUCGCGCGCGUAUCUACUCCACUUCCUCCCUCCCCCCCAAAAAAAAAUAUUUGUUGCUGCUCUAUCCGGUUUGGCUUUUGAUUGUUUUUCUUUUCGCGUCUCGUUGCGUUCCCGAUGUCUGCACGUGUUCUACUUAAACGGGAAAAUUCGGCGAGUCCCACGAUGUUCAGGUUUCACGCUCGCCAAGAAGAGGUGACUAGUCAACUUCAGCAUGUUUAAAUGGUACUGCUCUUACGGUCGUGAAAUUGAAUUUUUAAAAAGAUCCCUACCCCCUACCGCCCUAAACAAAAAAUUGGAAAACGAGUGUACCUUGAAGCUUUUUUGCGUAGCUCUUUUGUUUGACCAUUUUCGAAACGAAUUGUCAUAAAUAGCUAAAGAAAAAAGAAUUGUUUUGCCCUGUCAGACGUAUUUGUACAUUCCGUGUGGUUCGAAUCUCCCGCGUUUGUCUCUCCGAAAUGUACGAAUUAAAAGAAAGAGGAAUGGGGCAGCUCAACCGACAUGAAAGAGUCGAUCAAAAAUUAACGAAUUGUCAUCGGUGUACCAGCAUUCAUUUUCUCUGUUUUUCAAUGCUUGAAUUGGCAGUUUUUAUUCCCCCCGUUUUGCUGGUGCUCGUAUUUAAUCAGAAAAGAAAACGAUGCUGGAUGACUAAACAAAGCUCCAUAUACUUAACGUUUGCCCUAAUGCGUUGCAUUUAAUUACGAAUGGCUGUAGGUUGUGCAUAUCUCUGUCCACAUCAUUUUGCUGUCGGUAAUAUUCUUAAAAGAAUAUGACUAUUUAGAAUAGAAGCGAGAAACAAUAGCCGGCCAACACGAUUCGUUUUUUUUUUUGUGUGUCUUAUUAUUUUUUAUCCUUUUUUUUCCCCGAUUACCUUUCGCUGUCGAUUGUUAUUUACAUCGUUCGUCUCCAUUAUAAAUUUAAAGUUUCGAUCAACGAUAUGAUUCUCUUCUAUCCCGCUGCUACAUGCCACCACUAUUAUAUCGGUACUCUCUCUCUCUCCUUCUCUCUAAAAACAAAAAGCUUUUGUUACGUGUAACGUGUACCCGUGUAUAAGUCAAUAAAAAAAAAACACACACA